AUGAUGGCCAGAUCUCGCGCCUCAAGUGCUGCUGAUCACACUCGUCUCGACGAUGCUGCCGUCACGUUGCAUGAAAUGGAAAGCGCUUCAGAUCAAGCGACAUCAUCAGCCAAGCAGCAGGACAAGCAGGUCCUGGCCGGUGACGCAACACAAAGUGUCAAUGCAAAUGUCCUGGCCCACGCAUCCUGUUCGGCUCGCAAAUUCGACACCACAUCGCGGUCAAGGCUGCUCAACCUGCCACCAGAGAUCAUCGAGCAGAUCGCAUACUUGUGCGCAGUGACGCAGGACGAUGUGGCGCAGGUCAACGUACCGCAAGACGUAGCUGGCGGAGAUGCGCUGGUCCAGAUCGACACUAGCGCUGCUUCCUUGCCCUGGCACGCCCAACAUCACCCAUCGGCUACGCCACCUAGCCACCUGCUGGCAUUUCUGCUGACUUGUCGACAGAUCUACACACUGCUCCAUCCUCCAGCUGCUCCACACCUCUACGCUCGCAUCUUUCGAAAUCGCUUCGACGUCGCAGCCAUCGAGCGCAGAUUUGGUCCAAAAGCCAUCGCAGCGCGCAAUCUCUGUGCCGAGCUGCAAAAGAGGUGCAGAAUGUUGAAGCGCAUCAGAGCAGCUGUGCUCGCAAAUCAGCUCAAGCCGCUCGACGUAGCACCUUUGUUUGCGGAAGAGGAGAUGACGGAGAACCUUUGGUUAGCGUACAUGAUGCUCGUAGAGAAUGGUGAGUUGGAUAAAGAAAACUUUCGGUUGCUGCUUCGAAGCGCAAAGCGUAUCGGCGGCUGAAUGUGUGCGACGUCGGCUCAUCGUGACAGAUGGGCUCAACAUGGUCAGGCUCAAGUGGGCUCUGUUGGACGGCUACCUCCGCUUGCACGACAAGCAGAUCAUGCUCGAAGCACCCACCGAGCCGGUGUACCCUCCGGAUACUUUGGAUAGGUCUUUGGCCCUGCAUGUAGCCUUUCUCUUCACCGACCCGCUCGACUUGGCCAAGGAAUCCCGCGGCGUCAGCGACACCAAGCUCUUCGUAUUGAGGCCUUUCGUCUUUGCUGCACAUAAAGUACGUGCGAGCUGAUCGAAGAAGGCUCGAUCACCUUCGGAACGCUCACUGACCAUGACUCAUUCUCAUUCAAUUACGCAGUUCGAUUCGUACGUCGCGCCUUGGACCGUCAGACGACUUCCAUUGGCUUCUCAGGACGACCCUGCUCAGUCAGCUGCGACGGCAGCCAACGCUUCGCCGCCGCCCAAUCCAUUCCUCGCUGACCUGAUUCCCAGGUCGAGGGAGACGGAGAUCACACAUUGCGGCAUCAGAAUGAAGCUGUUUCCACCCAUCCUCUCCCACGCGGCCUGCUUCACUUUCUUUGCCAAGGUGGAGCGCGACCCGGCAGUCAUUGGAUUGACUCCGAUCCAGGACCUGAACAACCCAUCAGCUACGCGCGAAGACGUGCGAGCGAACAGGAAUCCGCUUGCCUUCAGGUCCAUCGAUCACGACACAGACCUCUCCCGCCUGCUGGCUUGCUCCAACCCUUUUUCUGCCCCAGGCCUCAAGCCUCUUGCCCAUGCUGGUCUCUUUGAAGGCGCAUGGGAGGGCCGCUUCUGCUUCUUCGACUUUGACUCGUACCGCGAGAUGCUUGCUGGUCGCAUGCGAAGCCUAUACGAGGGACCAUUUGGGGAGCAGCCGCAAGUCUGGAGGAUCCGCGAACAUAUUGUGCGAGUAGGAUCAGGCGUCCGCAAGAUCGGAGGGGAAGGCAGUGUUCUGAAUGCUGGCUAUCUAAAUGGGGAGCCAGAGCCAGAUGCCGUUCCUUCUGUGCCCUACUCCGAAGCUGUUGCUACCAUCAACCCGAGCAGGCCUGCUCACAAUGGCACGAGUCGCAACAAUCGCUUCAACAUCGAAACGGACAGUCGAACAGGGCAGAUUACGAAUGCAGGCGACUACGCUGAGCUUGCGAAGCGCGGGUUUGGUUCACUGGAAGAUGCGCAGAUGUAUCCCUCGUUCGGCGAUGAUGAAGGCUGCCCGCCGGGCGAUUCAGAGGCAUACGAGAUUCUUUUGAGUGGUACUGUGAGUUGUUUGUUUGUCCCUUUCGACUGAGAGAGGGUGACUUUUUGGCUUACUGGACUCCGCGCACUCGUGCUCCACGUCCCAGGGUCACUCGGCAUGGGGUCGCUUCAUUUUGCGUGGCCGCAUAAGAAGUUGGGACGGCAUGAUGAUCAUGACCAAGGAGUAUCGCCCAGACGGUCGAGGGCGAUGGCUGUAUCGAGGCUAUGCCGUCGCUGGUGGCCGCCUCGUGGGCAGGUGGCGAGACACAUUCACGCCCGAGAAUAUGAGCGGCUACGAAGGGUGAGUAGAAUCCGUGUAGCUAUAUCGAUACCACGCGUCGAUGCUUUGCUGACCUGGCGCAUGUUCGCCCUGCCUCAGAUGCUUCCUGUUGAGCAGGCGCGAUUCGGCGGCGUGA